GGGAAUUGUCAAAACAAACUGUGGAUUUGUGUUGACCAAACCUCGGAGUGACAGCUACCUCUACGCACGGCUCUUCUCUGCGUGCAGCUGCUUUCUGCUUCAAGAUAAGGGACUGCUUUUCCACAGAGAGACACUUGCUUACCUAUGAUGGCUUUCACCAUGCUGAGGCCGGUGUCCACUCAUCCCUUCUCUUACCCCGCUGACCUGACGUUGAUGUCGGAUGACGAGGAGGGGAACCGCAGCGAGAGCGACGGCAGCACCGACCAGGGCUACGGCUGCUGCGGGACUCCGGGGGAGAGUUACCGGCGGGAGUCCGGCGGCGUGGUGGUGCGGCAGCGGAACGCCGCUAACGCCCGGGAGAGAUAUCGGACCCAGAAUGUCAACACGGCCUUCACGGCGCUGCGGACACUUAUCCCCACAGAACCAGUGGACAGAAAACUCUCCAAAAUCGAGACGCUGCGCCUGGCGUCCAGCUACAUCUCACACUUGGCCAACGUGCUGGUGGUCGGGGACGGGAGGGAGGACGGCCAGCCGUGCCUGAGUGCCGUCUACAAGGAGCUGAAGGGGAGCGGAGAGAGCAAACAGCCCCGAACUAUCUGCACAUUCUGCCUAAGCAACCAACGGAAAGGGGUGACGGACAGACGAGACUGUGUGAAGAUGCAUGGGAACAGGGGGAGACAAAUCAGUCGGUGAUGAAACUGAGUGGAGCGUCUCUUCAGCAGCUGUUCCUAUGGUCCAGAACCAUUUCAGCAUGAAAACAGUUCUUAAAGGACUAUUCUGGCCUUUUGGGAGUUUGCCUCAUUGGUCACUUUACCCUGUGUGAUGCUGGAAGAUUGACACCAACACUCUUUUCAGGGUAUCAGCUGGUGUUUCAGAUAAACACCAGUGUAAAGUGAGAAAAUCAGAGCGUCUUUCAGGAGAAGAAUAGCUCUUAGCCUGAGUCUCUAAGCACAAUGUUCUUAUUUACACAGGAAGUGAGUAACAUCAGAAUGUCACUGUUAUUUAUACUUUACUAAUGAUGAAGACAGAAAAAACAUUUACAGCAGCUUCAAAUCCACAGCCCACUGAAUAGACAUCAUGACCUGCUGUGGAUUAAAGGUUUAUAAUCAUACAGCACUAUGAGUGAUAUAAGAAAUAAUGGAUAAUAAGUAACCAUAUGCUUAAUGGCACAGUCUUUAAUCCAAAUGUGAAUGGAAGGAUAUCCUGGCCAUUCAGAUUCACAACACAAGAACUGGACAUUCAGAUGAACUUUCUUUCUUAUGAACUGAAAACAGAUGAUAACUGCACUAAACUUUUGUUACCAAGCUUUUGUGAUCCUGCUUCAGGUUUGUUUACAUAAAUAAUGUUUUUUUUUUAUUCAUUGCUCAAAAUCUUUAUUUACAUAUGUGAAAUUACAAAUAAUUUCUAGUAUCAAAUAAUUGAGGCCUUUGGUGCCUGUCCACUCACAUGGGUAAAAUAUUCAUGAGACUAAACUCCCAUAAAGGUUUGCAUGGUUCUUAAAGAUGAAACUAAGAUGUUCUGGGGAAGCUUGGCUCACAAACAGACUCGUAAAGCGGAGCAGUUUCAGGCAUAAUAUGUGAGAGGACAGACCACUCCAUCCACCAAGCUGCUGUUGUAAGGUUAUGCGCAGCAGGAGACAUCUGUGGGACACUUUUUCGUUUGCUUUUUCAUUACAUGUUGUAAUCUACUUUGAAAUUAAAUUUAU